GAGGCGGGACGAGGGCCCGGAGGGGCUCGGGAUUGCGGAAGUUUUGUGAGGAGGGUCGGGCGGCUCCAGGACCGUAGUGUUGUUUUGGAACACAUCCCGGGAGGGAAGUCGCCGCGCGGGGUCCGUGAGCCCCAAUCAGCGCACGUUUGGGGCAACCCCGCUGCCACCAACGUCGAUCCUCUCGCUUCGUUCCUCCCGGAGGGAACUGCCUUGGAUCUCCGCCAUGGCAUCCACCUCAUCCAACCUGCAGAAAGCAAUAGACAUUGCAAGCAAAGCAGCCCAGGAAGACAAAGCUGGGAACUAUGAAGAAGCUCUUCAACUCUACCAGCACGCUGUACAGUAUUUCCUCCACGUAGUUAAAUAUGAAGCACAGGGUGAUAAAGCCAAACAAAGUAUCAGAGCAAAGUGUACAGAGUAUCUUGAUAGAGCAGAAAAACUGAAGGAGUACCUGAAAAAGAAAGAGAAAAGACCGCAGAAGCCAGUAAAAGAGGGACAGCCAAGCCCAGCUGAUGAGAAGGGGAAUGACAGUGAUGGGGAAGGAGAAUCUGAUGAUCCUGAAAAAAAGAAACUACAGAAUCAACUUCAAGGUGCCAUUGUUAUAGAGCGACCAAAUGUGAAAUGGAGCGAUGUUGCUGGCCUUGAAGGAGCCAAGGAAGCCCUUAAAGAAGCUGUAAUAUUGCCUAUUAAAUUUCCUCACCUUUUUACAGGUAAGAGAACACCUUGGAGGGGAAUCCUGUUAUUUGGGCCACCUGGAACAGGAAAAUCGUAUUUAGCCAAAGCUGUAGCAACAGAAGCAAACAACUCAACAUUUUUUUCAAUAUCUUCCUCUGACCUUGUCUCUAAGUGGCUAGGUGAAAGUGAAAAGCUAGUUAAGAAUUUAUUCCAACUUGCCAGAGAGAACAAACCUUCCAUUAUCUUUAUUGAUGAAAUCGAUUCUCUGUGUGGUUCAAGAAGUGAAAAUGAAAGUGAAGCAGCACGUAGAAUUAAGACAGAGUUUCUUGUUCAAAUGCAAGGGGUUGGUGUGGACAAUGAUGGAAUUUUGGUUCUGGGAGCUACAAAUAUACCCUGGGUUCUGGAUUCUGCCAUUAGGCGAAGAUUUGAGAAACGAAUUUAUAUUCCUUUGCCCGAGGCCCACGCCCGAGCAGCAAUGUUUCAGCUGCACUUGGGGACCACUCAGAACAGUCUCACGGAAACAGACUUCCGAGAACUCGGCAAGAAGACGGACGGCUACUCCGGGGCGGACAUCAGCGUCAUAGUGCGCGACGCGCUCAUGCAGCCCGUCAGGAAAGUGCAGUCGGCCACUCACUUCAAAAAGGUUCGGGGCCCAUCACAGGCUGACCCUAACAAGAUAGUAGACGACCUGCUGACACCCUGCUCUCCUGGUGAUGCUGGCGCCAUCGAAAUGACGUGGAUGGAUGUCCCUGGGGAUAAACUUCUGGAGCCAGUUGUUAGCAUGUCGGAUAUGUUAAGGUCACUCUCUAGCACAAAACCCACAGUGAAUGAACACGACUUGUUGAAAUUAAAGAAGUUUACAGAAGAUUUUGGCCAAGAAGGCUAAACCAAAGACAACGAGGAAGACAUUUACGAGUGUGUUCUUUCUUUCAUAGAUACUUUUGUUCUUUCUUGGAUGAUGUUCAGAUUAUUUUCAGUAAGAACUUUUUUCCACAGGGAAAUACAAAUCUCACUUCUGCGUUUCUUUUCUAUGUACUUUUGCUCCAUCACCUAUUUAAAUGUUCCUAUUAACAUAAAUGAUAAAAUUAUGGGUUGUAAGGAAAUGAUUUAUGAAUGCAAACAAAUUACCCACUAAAAAGAGGAUUGAAUUGACUCAGACAAAAGUUUUAAAUUGUUAUCAGUGGUGGUCUUUGCAAAGAGCGCUUUGUUUUUUUUUUUUUUUCACUAACAUGAAAUAGGGCUUAUUUCAUAUUUUGAAAAAUAUUCAAGCAUUUUCCUCAUCACUGUAGCAUUUAUUUACUUUGUUAUACAAUUACAGUAAUAGAAUAUUUAUUCUCAGGGAUGGGCAAUAAAACGCAAAGAGCAAUGUGAUUGGGCUUGAAAAUUGUUGAAUAGUGUUCUAGCCACGGCUCUAGUGAGUUCUGAUAGGUUGGCAUUUUUCUCUGUGUAGAUUUAAAUAAUUUCUUUGAAAGCAGCAAGCUUUUAUAUUUAAAUAGCACCUUUCACUGUGCAAUCUCAAGAGAAAGACUUUCUAAAUUAGGUGUUGUCUUUUUCUUGAAGAAGAAAAUUGUCUAUUUCAAUGUCUUUUUGUAGCAAGAUUGACCAAAACAGGCAGUGGAUAAACAUGUACUUUUUAAAUAACUUCAUGAAAUACUGUAAUAGGAACCUUUGCUAAACGGAACGGCCUCCUUUUGGAUUGUGGGACGUUGGUUGUGUGUGAUGGGGGGGGGUGUGUGUACAUAUAUAUGUAUAAUUUUUUUGUUAAUAUAGAAUACCAAGGGUCUUGUCUUUUAAGUGCAGGGAACAGUUUGUCUUGGCCACACUCAUGUUAUCAGUGUAAUGCCUCAUCAAGCUUUAGAAUUGAGCUGAUGUCUCUUUAAAUAAUCACAUGCAAACUUGGUAUUAUGUUAUUUUAAUAUCUCCAAAUAAAAAACCUGAGGGUGUGUGUUACACACUUUUACUGUCAACACUAAGUUGUGCCUUGUACCUUUGCAUUGGCUAUACAUGCAAAAGAUUGGAUGAGGUAGGUUCCUUAAUUAGGACAGAGUUCUACCUUGUAAGAUGCUAUAAAAAUAACUUGCAUUUUAAAGUGUAUUUGCACAUUUUACAUAUUAUGCUACAUGGUUGCCUUUGGAUUUUCUGUACAUUAUUUUGUUGUUAAAUGGAAAUCAUAGGCCUGAAAUAUGCUGUUCUUCUGUGAAGUAAAUUGAUACAACCUA